GAUUGAAAGUCUGAAUUCUGGGCAAACAGGAGUAGCCUUGAAGUCUGGAAGAGAAUGAGUUACGUACUAACGACGCUGACGAAAAAGCGGGAGGUGGACACAAUCAUCAGAGACACCAUCGACAAGGUCCUCGUCCUCCGCUUCGGCCGCGCUUCCGACGCCGUCUGUCUCCACCUCGACGACGUCCUUUGUAAAUCGGCUCGCGAGGUGUCUAAGUUUGCGACUGUAGCACUUGUAGACAUCGAUUCGGAGGAGGUUCAAGUUUACGUCAAGUAUUUCGACAUUACUUUCAUACCCUCAAUCGUUUUCUUCUUCAAUGCUCAUCACAUGAAGAUGGAUUCAGGGACUGCAGAUCACACUAAAUGGGUAGGUGCAUUUCACAAGAAGCAGGAUUUCAUUGAUGUUGUAGAGGCAAUAUAUAGAGGAGCCAUGAAAGGGAAGCUCAUAGUGAGUUGCCCUUUGCCUUCAGAGCGAAUACCAAAGUAUCAAUUGUUGUACAAGGAUGUGUAAAAGGUUAAUGAAGCUUUUAGAUAUUAUUGAUGUAAAAGAAUACCAAGUUCCUUGUGAGGCCUUUUCACAGAAAUAUAUUGGAAUGUGAAUAUUUCUAUA